AGAGAAUUUCUGAUCACGUGACAGAAUAGGCUGGCGGCCAUAUUUGAAGAAAUCAAGAUGGCUGAAGAAAAUUUCGCGGAUCAAUGCGCUACCGGCACAGAAGAUUUCUCGUCCGGUUUCAUUCAAGAUACCGCCCAAAUGGAGCAACAACCACUACAACAACCGAUCGAACAACAGGCUGGCGGUGAUGGUCAAAAUCAAACGGCUCAAAGCAUAAUCAGUAUGGCACGCCCGGAGGAUGAUGGACGCAAAAUAUUUGUUGGUGGUUUAAGUUGGGAUACUACAACGAAGGAAUUAAAAGAUUACUUUGGUCAAUUUGGCAAAGUAGAAGAAGCAUUGAUCAAACAGGAUCCGGUUACGGGCCGAUCCAGGGGGUUCGGAUUUGUUCUUUUCGAAAACGAACAUGCUAUCAAACCAGCUACUGAUCCGAACAGUAAGCAUACAUUAUUAGGCAAACACAUCGAUCCGAAACCUGCCAAAUCGAAGGAUAAGAAAGAUCCCAUAACAAAGAUAUUUGUAGGAGGUCUGGACCCUGAAUUAACUCAAGAUCAAAUCAAGGAAUUUUUCGAAAAAUAUGGAAAAGUAGAACAAAUAGAUUUGCCACAUGAUAAAACGACAAAUAAAAGGAGAGCAUUCGCCUUCGUUUCAUUUGAAUCAGAAGAUGCUGUAGAAUCGGUAACUGCUACGCCAAAAAUUAACAUCCAUGGCAAGGAGGUUGAUGUUAAGAAAGCCACACCUCACCACCAACAGGCAGCCUUUAGGGCUAGAGGGUCAACCAGAGGGAGGGGUAUGGGUCGAGGUAGGGGUUACGGUAUGAAUAAUUGGAACGAAUGGAAUCAGGGAGGCAGCUAUCCCUACGAUUAUAGUCAAACCGGAUACGGUUGGUACGACUAUAGCCAAGGUGGCUAUAGUGGCAGUACUGGGGGAUAUGCAAACGACUAUUCUUCAUACGGAUAUGGAAAUCAGGGCUGGGGAGGUGGUUACGGUGGUAAUUAUGCAGGAGGUGGUGGAGGUGGAGGUAGUGCAACGGGUUACGACCAGUCUGGAGGCGCCGCCGUCUGUCCGCCUUUUUGGUCACGAAGAGAUGUUAUCGUUGCAGGAGAAGCAGAUCAUUACCAAGCAGCCCCAACAGCUCCGACCAAAAAUGGCGGCAGUGGCAAUAGGCCUACGUACCAUCCGUACAGUCGCCCGUAG